CCCACUUUCAGGUUUUCAUAUUUUAAUAAUGCGGGUCUUUACCUAAUCAUAAAAGUUUGUAAUAAGGUUAAGGAGGAUGCCUUAUUCCAACAACCCCACCAUUAAAGUGACAGAGGCGACUUCUGAGAAUGUCAAAUUCAUCAUUGAGAACACAGACCUGAGUGUUGCCAACUCUUUGAGGCGUAUCUUUAUUGCUGAGGUUCCUACAGUUGCUAUUGACUGGGUACAUCUCAUCAGCAACUCCACUGUACUUCACGAUGAGUUCAUAGCCCACAGAGUGGGGUUAAUCCCGCUGACGAGUGAUGAGAUCGUGGAGAGGCUACAAUACUCUAGAGACUGUACAUGUGCAGACUUUUGCCCUGAAUGUGCUGUGGAGUUCUCAUUGGACGUCAAGUGUACGGAUGAGAGCACACGCGCCAUUACCACGAGGGACCUCAGUUCAACCAAUCAGCAGUGUGUGCCUAUAACGUCACGGCCUCAGGAAAAUGAAUCUUCAGAUUAUGGACUCACUGACGACAUCCUUCUGGUAAAGCUCCGAAAAGGACAGGAGUUGAAACUAAAGGCAUAUGCUAUCAAGGGGUUUGGUAAGGAGCAUGCCAAGUGGUGUCCCACGGCGGGGGUGGCUUUCGAGUACGACCCGGACAAUGCCCUCAGGCACACCACCUACCCCAUACCCAAGGAGUGGCCUAAGAGUGAAUUCACAAGCCUUGAGGAAGACCAAGAACAAGCCCCGUAUGACUCACAAGCCAAGCCAUGCAAGUUCUAUUUCAAUGUGGAAUCAUCGGGUGCGCUCAAGCCUGAGAAUAUUGUACUGUCUGGACUAAAGGUACUUAAAGAAAAGUUGAGCGACUUACAAGUCAACCAUCAACACGAGAUGGCCUCUGAUGCUCUGGCCAUUUAGACAAUACGUAUGUAACGGACAAUGAACCUUGAACUCUGAUCAUGUCUCACGCUCAGUGAUUUCGUUAAUUUUGUUGCUUAAUAAUAAAACACUCUUUAAAAUUUGAUGAAAAUGUCAAAAAUUGAA